UCUCGAUUGCUGAUGCUUAUAAAAACCUAAAGAUCUGUUUCCUACAAUCCAUGAACUACAAGCAGCAAUAAAUAUCAUUAGCAUAGCAAUAGCAAUAGCAAUAGCAAUACUGUUUUUCGUUUUUCAUUUAGCCAACAUCUUCCGGUUCAUCGACAACCAUGGAAAUGGGAAGAAACAAGGGCGGCAGCUGUGGAAGCAGGCAACGGUUCUCGGGGAAGGCAAAAUCGAGGUCCAAAGGCACUGAUGCCGAAAGCCCUUCAUGUAGAAACUAUUUCCCGCUUCCAGCUAAUGAACAACCGAGCCAGUGCCAAGGUGGACUUCGAAGCCGCGUGCGAACCUUUUGUAGAGAGAAAAUCAGAGGAAAGACGAAUCAAAGUACCGUAACGCCUUCCCUGAAUCUCCCGCCCUCGGCGGUGAGAUCGAACAAGCGUGCAGUGCUUUGCGGAAUCACUUACAACAACUUGAAGCAGUACAGGCUUAAAGGAACUACUAACGACGUCAAGAACAUGAGAGAGUUGUUGAUCACUAAAUUUGGCUACCCUGGAGAUUUCGUUCGUGUCCUUACUGAAGAGGAGACGAACCGACAAUUUAUACCGACGAGGAAGAACAUCGAGGAUUCAUUGCUAUGGCUGGUGCAGGACUGCCAACCGGGGGAUUCGUUGGUGUUCUUUUACUCCGGACAUGGCUUACGGGUGCCAGAUUUUAACAACGACGAGGUCGAUGGAUUCGACGAAACCAUAUGUCCAAUUGAUUUCAAAGAAGCGGGCAUGAUCGUGGAUAAUGAUCUUAAUAACCUCAUCGUUCGUCCGCUCACUAGUGGCGUUACUCUUCACGCCAUUGUUGAUGCUUGUCAUAGUGGAACCAUUCUGGAUCUUCACAAAGUAUACACCAGUAUAAAGAGAAAAUGGGAAGACAAUAGUCCUCCCUCGGGUGUAUAUAAAGGUACAAAUGGUGGAUUAGCCAUUUCUAUCAGUGCUUGUCUAGAUAACGAAGCUGCUGUUGAUACCUCUGUCUUCACAGCUGGGAAGAUGAAUGGUGCUCUGACUUACAUAUUGGUUGAGAUUCUGAAGAAAUUGCCCAGUCCGACAUACGGCGACUUGUUUGAUUUGAUUCACGAAACCAUUGAAAACGUUAAUCAAUCUGGAUGCCUUGCUAAUACAAGAAUCUUAAGGAGACUCUUCGAUUCUAGUUUCUCACAGGCCUGUUUUAUUUCUCUCUUGUUCAAGUUAAUACUUAAUCAAAUUUUAUUCACCCCGUACAUUAUUUAUCAAUAUCUGUGGUUUAAUCCUCUUUUGGUUAUGGGGUACACAGACAACUCUUCUCUCGUCUACAGCUGAGUUCGACGUUUACAGGAAGCAUUUGUUUUUGUAAACAAAUUUUGGUGCAACAGAUACAUAUAUAUUGCCACCUGAUUCAGAGCUGCGAAAUGUUUGUUUGUCCAUGAAUCAACAUUGGAGGAUGUUAAGUAUAGAUAAGGUGCAGUUGCUGUGAUGGUGUGCUCCGGUGGUUGUAACUUGUUAGUUCUAGUUGUUAGCUAGCUGUUAAGGUUGUUAGUUUGUUAUUCAUUGAUGUUAGCAGUUUGUAGCAGUUAACUUGAGUUUGUAAGCUGUAUAAAACAACAUGUAAACUUCAGUAAAUGGCACAUCUGAAUAUUCUUAUGA